UUCAGUCAUUCAUCCUCAGUAAAGAAAACCCAUUUUACACAAGUCAUAAUUGCCUUGUUAUAUACAUUACUAUUAUUUAAAAGCAGUAUCUAUACCUGAUCCAAGAAAGGAUAUUUCAUUUUAAACAAACCACUCCAAAAGAAUAAAUGUAGAUAAUUGGUUCAGUUUGUUUGUUGUAAAUACAGCCUAAUAGAACCAUCUGAUGAACGUACAAAGGAAACUAUACUUUUUAAGUCACAACUGGUUAUGCUUUUUGUAACUAGUUGUUGCCAAGAAUGAGUGAUGACCAUGAGGGGAGAGACGGGUGCCUGGAGAGAACUAGUUUCCCCUUAUUUCACCCAAAGAAAAGUAAAAUACUCUCCAGAACUGUUACAGGAAGUGAUAGAGCUAGGAAACUUGACAGGUAUGGAGGGACAAACAUUGAGGAGUUGGAAGAUGAAGGGUACAGGGGGAGAGAGAAGGACUUGCAAGCUGAACAGUUGACAGGCAGUAGUGCUGGCAGCAGUAAUAUUGGCAUGAGGCUUCCAGUACCAGAAGUAGCCAGUGCUGAUCUCCUCAUGAGUCAGGGAUCAUCUGUUUCUUCAGGAAGUGGCCUUGGCCAAUAUGUACUGAACCCAUUUCUAGCCAUGGGCAUUCAGUUGCCACAGCUGGCCCUUCUGCUGCAGCAGCAACAUCUUCAACGGCAGCAGCAACACCACCACCACCAUGAACAGAAGCAUCAACAACAACUUGGACAACAUACAUUGCACCAGCCAGCCACCACACCUGCCAUUGGUCAUUCACUGGCAUCAGACCAUAUACGUGAUAUUGCUCCUCCAUUAGAUCACAGCAAGACCUGGUCACAUAACAUUCCAGCUUUUCCUCAACUUGGGAACAGUACCUCAACCAGAACUGCUGCAAAUCCAGUAUCUUUGGCUGGUGCCACCUCAAAUGUAGUAACAUCACAGAUCCGGCCAAUGGUGCAAGUGCCCAGAGAAAACCAACCAGUGCAAGCAAACAAAGACGAUUCAGUUUCUGGUAACAAUAGCAGUGCUAACAAACACCCAUUUGUAUGUGAAAUAUGCCGGCAGUGGUUUUUUGCAAAGGAAAAGUUCAUUAUGCAUUUAGUUAUGAAUCAUAACAUGCAUUAUUGUCGCUUUUGCUCAGAAUUGUUUGAUGUAGUUGAGAUGCGGGAUGUGCAUAUUGUGAGGACACACUUACCCUUACAAUGUGAUAUGUGCGAAUCUCAGCUUCCAAGUUCUGAAUCUUUGUCAGAACACUAUCUGAGUUCUCAUGAUGUACAAAGUUGUCUGUAUUGUGGAGUUCUGGUGCGCCCAAAAUCCUAUUACAGCACACAUGCCAGAAAGAAACACUUUAUAUCAAAUGAAGACAUGUUGGAAAGUGAAGCAAGAAUACGAAUUUUUCAAAAUUGGGGAACAGAAAUAGGCAGUGGUGGUUCUGUUUGGAACUUUACUUGUAACCUCUGCGGCAAAGAACGUAAGAGAAGUGAGACAUUUGGACAUUUCUUUUCAUAUCAUCGUGUGUCGCUACCAUGUUUAAUGCAACUUUUGACAGGAGAAGGAGUUUCUAUUUCUGUGCAAGGUACGCCACCUACUUCCACUAGUUUUCAGCAUUCUGCAGAUGAAACUCCAUUGUCUGUAGUGCCAGAGUCUUCUGUUAUCUCAGGGAAUUCAUUAACUAUUGAUGAAAACCGAAGUAGUCAACUGUGCUGUAUUGUGUGUGGAAAUUCAUUUACACAGCUUGUGCCAAAGUCUGCUCAUGAACUUUUCUGCCGUGGACUGAGUGUGUGUCGUGUCUGUGAACAGGCGUUUCCAAAUGUGAUAGUGCGAAAUGCUCAUAUGCUUGGAGAGCAUGGAAAGUUACCAUGCCGCAUCGGGUGCUCUCCAGAUUCAGCCAGUUUCUCUCAGGAUGUGGAAUUGUCAACACAUUAUUGGCACGAACACAAUAUUUUUGUCUGCACAUACUGCAAAGCUCUGGUGGCUGCUGAUAAAAAGCUUUUUGCGGAGCAUCUGAAAAGGGAACAUAAUUGCUUACCUGAUUGCCCUGCUUUGCAGGGAAAUGGUGUUGGGAAUGGGAUCUUCCAGUGCAGGUCUUCUAAAAUGAGUUUAUUUGUGUAUUGCACUCUUUGUGAUUUGGAUUUAACAACUAUCAUGAAAGAUAUUAAUCUCCUUUUUAAACACUUUCAGUAUCAUAAGAUUAGUGUUUCUGCUGCACUGGAGCUUCUUGAGAACCACUCAACAUUCAGCAGUAAUUCAUUUCAACAUACAGAUGACAAAGGAGAACAACUUAGUGAAAAGGAUACUUCAGUAAUUGACGAUGAAUUUCAGACUAAUUCCAACAAAUUGCCUGCCAUAGACGAGAGAGAAACAUUAGAGGCUUCAUCAAGAGAUGACAAAGAAAAAACCAAAUCUACACCAGACCUGUCUUCAUCUAGAAAGUAA